GCUGCAACCCAAGCGGUUUCAUUUCGUUCGGAACACACGUGGGACUCCCUGAAAACUGGCGUAAAUAUAUUUUUGAAUAUAUGAAGUUAAAUGAUUUUAAAACAUUUCCUCAUGCGUUAGUGUGUACGUUGAGGUCUUUCGUUGAUCCUGCAUUUAUGCAGGUCAUGUCAACCAGGUCUAAAUUUAAUAGCAUGCAUUAACUGCUCAGUGUUGUAGCAACAAACUGAUGUGUUUAUUAAAACACAAGCUGCAUCCGAUAAGCUUAGAGGAUGUCUGAAAGCAGCAGUGAAGAUGAAAACGCAGAUAGACUGAAAGAGGCGGUGUGGAGUUUUGGAUCACAGAAUGUCAAGAUCAGUGGAAAAGGUGGAGACAACAACGGGAGACAAAGUCGUAGACCCGAUGUUUCAAAGCAUGAACAUGAUGGGAAUGAGCUCGGGACAACACCAGAAUUUAAAUCCCAUGUGGCAAAAAAGUUAGGAGCCUUAAUGGACCGUUGUAUUUCAGAAGUGUUUUCUGAGACUGUCAACUCAGAACCUGAUCACUCUGGAGAUGAAGAAGGUUUCCGUCUCUUCUCAACAUCCGCUCCUGGAAAAUGGAUGGAGGAACCACUUCCUCCUCCUCCUCCUCCUAAAAAGCGACCAAUUCCCAGCUCCAGUGACAGUGACAGUGAGAUGGAGAUGAGGUUUAGAGAAGCCGCUGUGUCUGGGUCAGACAUCCUUGCCUCUGCAGCCAAAGACCUUACAGAGAAAACUGAGGAGCAAAGUGUGACAAAAGAGUCAGUGACUGGAGAGGAAGGCACCGUUACCGAAAAGAAAAAGAAGAAGAAGAAAAGAAGAAAAAAAAUAAAAGAAUCCACAGAGGGAACUGAGGGGAACAUUAUCCAUGUAUCAGAGAAACAGUCUAAUGGACAAGAAACAGUAGAGCAAACAACUGUGGUAGAGAAUUUGACAAAGAAAGAAAAGAAGAAAAAGAAAAGGAAAAAGUUGGAUGAUGACGGAAAGGACUGUGAUGAAUGAAAGGCUUUAUUUGAAGUGCUAGACCUCAGUCAGGGUAGUGCUAUAUUUAAUUUUUGAUAGGAAUGAAAACGAGGUUGUGAGGGAUAAAAGUACAGUGCGUUUAAUGGAUUGUAGUCUUGUUUAAAAACUUUGAAACGUCUUUCUGAAAAAAAAAAUCAAUAGACAAGAACUUCAUAAAACAGUUUUGAAAGUUGUGAGUUGUGGAAAUUGUGAUCUAGGACCUUUAUACAGCCUUGUUUUCAUUCGUGUAAAAUUUCAGUAUGGUGACUAGCCUGAUUAGGGUCUAUUAUUCUGUAAAUGGUGUUCUUGAUGUUUGUAUAUUAACAGUUGAAUGCAAAAUUUAGAGAGGAAAAAAAAAACAUCAAUAAAGUGUUUAUUUUGCCAUUUUACUAGAAAGUGUUUUCUAGACAUUUUAUUCAUUUUAAUCAGUCUAAUAGCCUGACUAAACAAAUAACUCUACAAUGAUAACAUUCAUAUUUUUAGAGUCAUUUAUUAUAGUCACAUUUUGAAACCUAAAAUUCUAAUUAUAUACAUGCUAAUGUUCACAUAAGUGCCUAUUUUGAAUUGAACUAAUCUGAAAAUAAUGUGCAUGUAAUCAUGCCAGUGUGAUGAGUUUAGGUUUGGUCCAUGCCUGUCGAAGCUGUGAGGUUAGUCAGUGUCCCAUUUAGUGAUGGGUACUUUUGAAGUUUCGAAACCUUUGUGAAUCAUUUGUUUCGGAACAGUGGUUUGGUUUCAGUUAACAAGGCUUUGUUACAUCAUAACUGUUUUGAAAUGUCAGUGGUUUGCAUGUGGGGGGCAAUCCAAACCCUAAUAGCACACGUACAUCUGCAAGAUGUCUGUUAAAGAUCACUUGAUCUGGAAAGCGUCUGCUGUGUACUUAGAGAUGUCUAUAAGAUGUCAGUUUUACAUGCAUUCUAAAUCAUAAGAUAUCUAAUAGUCAUCUAUUUGGCAUCUGAUAGGAAACGUCUUAUAGACGUAGUGCAGAUGAGCAAACACUCUAAAAAAAAAUACAUCUUCCAGAUGUAAAUGCAGAUGUAUAAUAGACUCCUCUGUGAUGUAUGUGUGCUAUCAGGGAAGCGAUCUCUGUGAACCUGUGAAUCGUAACCAGCGUCUAUGGUUUUUAGUUGAUAUUGAAUCUGUUUUAUUCAUUUGUAGACAUUUUUAAUAAGACUUUUGUGUAAUUAAAAGGAUGAGUAGUAGUUAAUAGCAUCUUACUGGCUUGGUUAGACAACUUCUCAAUUGAUUGCAAUUAAUGUCUUUUUUAUUUUAUUUUUGAUGUAUUAUACUUUGGCUGAGUUUUUGUUGUAUUACACAGUUUUGACCAGCAGGCGUCACCAGCGUGUGGCGUUUGAUUUGAAGCUUGGAAAAAGGUUUGGUUUUCAUUAAUUUUGUUGCUGUCUGCGAUGACCAUAACCUAGGACAGGAGAUUGGAGGAGGGGUAAGAGCUCAGCUCAGGUCUGCCUUGCCCUAGUCCACACUAUAUUUCUGAAACGAGACAAACUAGAUCAUUGUGUGAUGCUUGUCCAUUAAAAACUUUCCGCUGCCAUGCUAAUAUUGCUAUAUAGUAGAUAAAGUGUUUUGGCAAUGGCAAAAUGAACGUACUUUAUUGAUGUUCUCUAAAUUUUGCAGUCAACUCUUAAUAUACAAACCUCAAGAACAGCAUUUACAGAAUAACAGAUAAUG